UUGGGAUAACGCUGAUCAUGAAUUGAUGUACGCCAGCUCGCAUGAUCAAAUUCGACAAUGUCGACAAGCGGCCGCAGAAGCCGCUGACGGUGCAGGGACAUUUCCCCUAUACAAAAAUUGCGCGCAAGAUGGCACACCAUAAAAUAGCACGCGUGGGAGCCGCUCCAUCAUCUAUUUAUGUGGAGCCCGCGACAGCGCCGCAGCAGGCCCAAACCACGCGCACUGGGACGUACUGGCCCCGAGGGGGGAAGAGGACACGGACGAGGAGGAGCAGGAGGACGGGGAGGACAGGUGCUGCGCUCAAGAGCGAAACGAUGUGCUGCAACAGCUCCUCUCGCUAAACAGCGAGCGGAAGGGCCGACUCGCAAACGGCAGGGGCGCGCUGCUUCGAGCAGCGGCCAGCAAGGAAGGGAGCCCCGUCUUCUGCAGAGGCGCGUGCACAAUCCUACGUAACGAUUGGGGGGAGCUGCACCGUGCUCUGCGCUCCAUGUGAGGAGGAGGGUGACGACGGCGAAGAGAGGCUAUACCACGGAGGAGAAGAGAGAAAGGAGGUGGAGAAGGGAGAAGAGAAAGCCUGUGCAAGGCGUGGAGUCAGCGGGUACACGUGCAACGAAUUCCAGGAAGGCGGGCGAGAGCGCGGUGCGGAAAACCAGACACGCGCCCGACACGAUUCCCCGAUGCGGGGCGAAUUACAAUCGGCCUCGAUUGGACAGGACACGCGAUGGGACACAAUACCCUCCCGAGGGCCACAUUGCCAUAGGGGGGUGUAGGAGGCACGGGUCGCGAGACGCAGGACACAAAGGUACCCUUGAUCUGGCAGGGCCGACCUACUAAUCCGGGCCGACUGUAGCCGGCGAAGAGCGGUACAACAUAGCUUCUGCGCCAUCGGCGACACGCCUGUCGCAAGGCGGUCGGGCGGCUUCUGCCCCGACGUGCCGCCGUCCAGAUCCAGGCGCCCCCGACGACACAGAAGCUGACCUUCUACCAUACUUCGCCCGCUGAUGGAAGCAAGGACGGCAGGGGC